AUUUUGUGUUUGAAGUUGUUUCCCUUUUCUUUGAGGAUUCUGAUAGGCUCCUCCAUGAUCUCUCCCUUGCUCUAGAUCAGCAGAAUGUGGACUUCAAGAAGAUUGAUGCUCAUGUUCAUCAGUUCAAAGGCAGCAGCUCUAGGGAAGUUUAGGAGAGUGAAAGCUGGAAGUUCGCAGGUGAAAUGGGCAAAGCAUGAGAACGCCCGGUCGGGCGAUUCUGAGCUUCAAAACGCCCGGUCGGGCGUUACGCAUAAGGAUUCCAGAAAGUUCGCCCGGUCGGGCGGUUAGUGACGACACAAAACGCCCGGUCGGGCGUUUCACCGCGAUACCCCUAGAAGCCUUUCGCCCGGUCGGGCGUUUCGUUCGUUAAAUUCGCCCGGUCGGGCGUAUUUGCCGAGUAACUUCUAAAUGGCAGUUAUUUCAGAAAAGGAGGGGAUAAGUUAGAGGAAAGAAGAGGAGAAAGGGGACGAAUUUUACAGAGAAAAAAAGACAGAACGGAGAAGAAGGAAGAAGAGAAGAGAAGGAGGAAAAUCUACCCGACACUCCGACGAUUCGACUCCACCAUCCAAUUCUACUCCGAAAGAGCAUGCCUUCUACGGUUUUAAUCAGUGAAUUUAUCAUGUAUCAAGGCUAGGCUCAUUUGUUGCUCCAAGUUGUGAAUUAGACUCGUUAGAAUGCUUCUACACUUUUGAACUCAUGUUUGAUAUCAUUGAUUGUGUUUAAUGCGUAAUUCUAUUACUUUAGAGGCAUCUUUUGUGAUAGAUAUCUAAUCCUUGUUUAUUGUCUCUUUAACAUAGACAUGGAUGGAUUAAUCAAUUGUUAUGCUAUCAAAUUAAAAUUGUUCAGAGGAUAAUUUGAUAGUGGAUUAGGUAAGCUCGUAUAGUAGAUGAUGUUAGAUUCCCGCGCUUCCGCAGGAGUUGAAUGCCUUCGAAAAUUAAUUCAUGGAACAAGUGUUCAGCUGACUGUGAAUUAUACGUCGCAAACAUGUUCAGUGCAAGCGAUUAGGUUGAUAAGUUAAUCCCAAAUUUGUGUGUGAUAAAUGUGUAGAAUGAUUCGAGUCUAAGGAGCAACUUGGAGUGACCUGUUUUUCUCGUGUUUAAAAUCCUUGCGUAGUUAGUUUGUUAACUUAGUGUCAUUAAUCAUCAAAACCAAAAAUCGAACCUUUUUAUGCUUUGUUUAGUGUUAAGUUUUAAUAAUCAUUCCCUUCCCUGUGGAUCGACACCUAAAAUACUACACACGAAGCUGUAUUCUUGCAGUUAGUGAUAAUAUUUGGGUAAUUAAUUUGAACUUGCGUGCGAAAUUGAUCUGUUUUACAAACCAGUAUUAUCCACAUCAAGUUUUGGCGCCGUUGCCGGGGAAGGCAAUCGAUUAUUUAGCUUAUAGUUUUUGUUUGUUUUUAUUUUGUUUGAUUUUUCUUUUUGAGUUUUAUAGGUACAUUGUUCGUGUUCUACGGUGUGAUAGCCAUCUACCACGUCCGGACUUGAAGACGAAGGAGUGUAUUAUUUUAGGUAAUUUUUAGCUAACUCUUAGUUUAGUUUUAGGUAGUUUCGUUUGCACUCUAGCACACACUUUUUAUAGUACUUACCCCGAAGUUGUCGAGAGGUCUCGCUUUCGGUAAUAGGAAAUAUUUUGUGCUUGUGCUUGGUGUAUUUUCUGUUGUGUAGGUAUUAAAAAAAAAAACAAAAAAAAAGAGGUGAAUGCACACGAGAUCUCAGGGUACACCACCUUUCGGAUUACUCUGUUAUCAAAGAAGGAAAGGGUCAGGAAGUUCAGCCGGGUUUGAAAUUCAACAGGAUUCGCCGAGUCCAAUCAGAGAUAACCCAUUAUUUGAGAGUAGUGACAGUGAUCUAGAAGCUGAAUCAAUGGCUGAGAACAAUGAGAUUCCACCACCCGCGGUGAGGUUUGGUGACACUCUCAGGUCGGGAGUCGACUUUCUAGGAGAAUUCGCCUACGCGAAUGACAACGUGAACAUUCCUCCUCAUUACAUUAGCUUGGUGAACGGGGGAAAUCUCUUCCAUGGGCGAGACGAUGAGGAUCCAACGAGCCACCUCAACGCGUUCUACGAAUUGACGAACUCUCAUCGACCCCCGAAUGUGGACCAUCAUCAGAUUAAGAGGGCCUUAUUCCCUUUCUCACUGAGGGAUAAAGCACGGGCGUGGUAUGAUUCUAUUCCGGGAUACAACAUAGCCACAUUCCAAGAGUUGAAGAUGUUGUUCCUCUUGGAAUAUAACUCUCCGAUGAAGAUCGAGAAGUUGAGAGAGGAGAUCACUACCUUCCGACAGAAAUAUGAUGAGUCUUUUGCGGAAGCGUGGAAGAGGUUCACUGAAUUGCUUAGGAAAUGCCCGAGCCAUGGUCUUGCUCCAGGGCAUGAGCUACUCAAGUUCUACAAGGGACUCAACAGUGAAGGCACGGGGUUGGUGACUGCAGGCUCGAAUGGAAAUCUGGACGACUUAACUCACGAGGAAGUGAGAGCUCUGUUCCAAAGGUUGGCAAACAACCAAAGGAAUUGGCAUAAUCCGAGAAGAGCGGCAGAUAAGAUGGGAGACACGUUCGGUGCUACCAAGGAGACGGAGAAAAUCACUGCAAUUGAGGCUCAGUUGGCGGAGAUAAGCACUCAGAUGUGCACGAUGACGAAGGCGAUAAAAUCCUUCCAACUGACUCCUCAACCCAUGGCUGUUUUGAAGUGUGGGUUGUGCCAAGGCGGACAUCACAUGGAUCAAUGUCCGAAUCUUGAAGGUCAGCCAAUAGAGGAUGUGAACUAUAUUGGUAACAAUCAGCAAGGGUUCAACCAAGGAAACCAGUACGGUAAUCAGCAGAACUGGAGGCCUCAACAAGUGAACUGGAAUCAGUCCGGUACUAGCAACCCUUCGGGUUCACAAUGGCGUACCAAUACUCCACCUCCGGGUUUUGAGAAGAAGCCUUCUAUGGAUGAACAACUGGGACAAAUCCUAUCUCUUAUGACUAAGACUCAAAAGGAGAAUGACUACUUCAAAGAAAAGACCGUGGAAAAGUUUGGGCAGUUAGAAGCUACAAUGAGGAAUCUUGAGACUCAAAUUGGGCAGAUUGCUACAGCAUCUCACACAAGAAUUCCUAAUGUUAUCCCGAGUGAUACAGUGCCCAAUCCUAAAGGUGUUGAACAGUGCAAGGCAGUUAAGUUAAGAAGUGGAAAGGAUCUUGAGUCUCCAAUCAUGCUAGAUGCACAAAAUGGCUCGAACAUCUUGCACGCAGGGGCGGACGAGAGGAUUGAGUGGGCUACUACCGAAGCUAGGGAAGGUCAACAAGAAAAAGAAGAGUCAACCAUGAGUGAUAUCCACAAGAAGAAUCCACUAAGUCCGGCAAUGGACCCGAAGUGUCCAUUUAAUUUUCCAGAUUUUAUCCCGCCACCACCUUUCCCAGUCGAGAAUAAGAAGAAGGGUAGGAAAAUAAUUCAAGAGAAAGGACUCGAUUGGAUGAUGAACAUUAUCAGGAAAGUUAAUGUAGAUGUGUCCCUGGUGGAUUUGUUCCUACACUUUCCUAAAUUCUCCAAGUUUUUUAAAGAUCUUAUUGCGAAAAAGGAGAAGAUACAAGACGAUGGCGUGGUGAUAUUGAGCGCAUUUUGCUCACAAUUUGUGAAGGGAAAGAUGCCGGCAAAGAGAAGAGACCCGGGAAGCUGUGUGAUCCCAUGUGAGAUGGGAGAUAAAAAGUUCCCAAAGUGCCUACUUGAUCAAGGCUCGGGAAUAUCAUUGAUGGCUCUGAAAACCGCACGGUCAAUCGGUCUAGAAGCGAGGAUUGAACCAAUCGACAUUGACCUACAAUUGGCGGAUCAUUCAAUUGUGAAACCGAAAGGUAUCAUCGAGGAUGUCUUGGUGAAGGUUGAUAGAUUUGUACUCCCGGUUGACUUCAUUGUCCUAGAGAUGGAAGAGGACAAGGACAUGCCUAUCCUCUUUGGUAGGCCAUUUUUAGCAACCGGUGAUGUUGUGAUAGAGACCAAGACAAAUACGGUCAUGUUUCGAGUAGAUGGAGAGAAUGUGGUGAUCAAGCAAGAGAAGGCGGGGAAGCGCCUAUUGGAGCCUGGAUAGAAGGGAAAAGGAUGAAGAAGGUCGAGCCAACGACUAUAAACAAAGGCGCUGAUUGGGAGGCAACCCAAGUCUUUAUUUUUUCCUUUUAUUUUUUGAUUUCAUGUGUUGGAGGUUUUGUUUGCUCAAUUCUUUCCUCUAACAUUUAUUUUGAAUUGAGUGUUUCUUUUUGUAGGUUUUGUUUCUUUUUGUAGGAGCAACAUGGAGAUGUGAUGUAUGUUGGAGCUUAGGAGGAAGCAAUCCCGCUGAGGAUUUUCACACCCACCCGCCCACCCGAAUGCACUAUGUAUUUCAUGCAAAGUUUGGGGGAGUCUUCUUUCCCUUUACUUUUUAUGUUGUCUUUGCAUGCAUUGAGGACAAUGAUGCAUUCAAGUUUGGGGGGGUUUGUAUGGUUUGGUGCAUGUUUGUGGGUGUUUGAAAUGAUUUGAAAUAAAAAUGUUGUGAAUCUAUGUAGUUGACGGAUGCAUGUUAGAUCUUCGGCUUUCUGGUUGGGAAAUCUUAUUUGAUUUUACUUGAACUUUGAAGCCUAGGAUGAAUGGAAUAGGUGCAUGAAUCUAUUUGAAAAAGCAUGUCGUGAUUACAUCCGAUUUCUUGAGUUGAGGAGAGUAUGAAAAUCGCAUGGCUUGUGGAAAUUAUUUAGGGUUGUUUGGCUUUAUCAAGUUGCGUGCUUGCGUUCGUUUGUGUUAACGAUAUGGGAGGAUAAGGCACUAGGAUGAACUCCAUGGCCAAAGGAUCACAUGUCUAGUCCAUCACAUGAUCCCAUAGAAGCCACCUUGAGCUUAAUUCCCUAUUCUUUGUGUAAACACUUAGCCAAACACUUAGCUACUUAAAUAAGCCUAACUUUAGCCUAAUCGAUUGACCUUGCUACUAUUUGAGUGCUAAAUACAAGUUGAGCUUGGUGUUUUGAGUUGUGAGUGUGGGGGUGGUGAAUUGUAAAGUAUAGAUUUUCCUAGACUUGAUGUUAUGAGAAAGGAAGGAAGUUCUUAGAAAAGAAAGAAAAAGAAAAAAAAAAGAGGAAAAGACGACCUCCAAAUUCGCAAAAGUCGAGGUCUUGUCAAAAGAAAGACAAAAGAAGAGAAAAGA